CCGGGCUGAUUCAAGAUGAUGUGGAGGCAUAGCGCAGGCACAGCUCGGGCUAUUGCCCAAUGUUCUCCCUUCGGCCGAUAUCGCAGCUUUGCGACGGAGGCCACCACCCCCGCCAGACCGCAGGUUCCCAGUCGUUCACCCCCUUAUCCUAAGAUUCUGAACAAAUUAAACGAAGUCCGACGAGUUCUGGGGUCAGACAGGCCCCUCACCCUUGCUGAGAAAGUCGUCUAUUCUCAUCUUGACAAUGUGGAGGAGUCACUCCUCACGGGCACUCAGAAUGGGAAGAGCAUUCGUGGUCAAGCCAAUCUGAAACUUAAGCCGGAUCGGGUGGCGAUGCAAGAUGCCUCUGCACAAAUGGCUCUGCUUCAAUUCAUGUCCUGCGGACUUCCUUCGACCGCGGUUCCCGCCAGCAUUCAUUGUGACCACAUGAUUGUCGGCCAGAAGGGUGCGGACGUUGACCUUCCAGCCUCAAUUCAGGGAAAUAAGGAGGUCUUUGAUUUCUUAGAAUCCGCGGCCAAGAGAUAUGGUAUUGAGUUCUGGCCCCCAGGCGCUGGCAUUAUUCAUCAGACUGUGCUGGAGAAUUACGCUUCUCCGGGACUGUUCAUGCUGGGGACUGACAGUCACACUCCUAAUGGUGGUGGAUUGGGCGCAAUUGCCAUUGGCGUCGGUGGAGCAGACGCUGUGGACGCACUUGUGGAUGCGCCGUGGGAACUGAAGGCCCCAAAGAUCCUCGGUGUAAAGCUGGAGGGAGCCCUGAGCGGCUGGACAGCUCCUAAGGAUAUUAUUCUUCACCUUGCCGGGAAACUAACAGUCAGGGGGGGAACUGGAUAUAUCAUUGAGUAUUAUGGACCUGGUGUGGAGACCCUCAGCUGCACAGGAAUGGCUACAAUUUGCAACAUGGGCGCUGAAGUCGGAGCUACUACCUCGAUUUUCCCAUUCUCUCCCAGCAUGGUCCCCUACCUCAGAGCGACCAACCGAGCAGACAUUGCUGAGGCUGCCUCCGAGAUCGCAUCGUCUGGCCCUAAUAAUUUACUUCGAGCAGAUCCUAAGGCCGAAUACGAUCAACACAUCACAAUUGAUCUUUCUACGCUUGAGCCUCACAUUAACGGCCCCUUUACCCCGGAUCUUUCGGUUCCUCUUUCGUCCUUUGCAGAGACGGUGCGCAAGAAUAACUGGCCAGAAACCUUUGGAGCUGGAUUAAUUGGAAGUUGCACUAAUAGUUCUUACGAAGACAUGACCCGUGCGGAAGAUCUUGUUAAACAAGCUUCCAAGGCUGGUCUUCGUCCAAAGGCCGACUUCUUUAUUACUCCUGGCAGCGAGCAGAUUCGCGCAACCUUGGAUCGUGAUCAGACUCUGAAUACAUUUUCGUCAGCCGGCGGUACCGUCCUUGCGAAUGCGUGUGGCCCUUGCAUUGGCCAGUGGAAGCGAACAGAUGGCGUGAAAAAGGGCGAGACCAAUGCUAUUUUCACGUCAUACAACAGAAAUUUCCGCGGCCGUAACGACGGAAACCCUGGAACAAUGAAUUUCCUUGCUUCCCCCGAGGUUGUGACAGCCCUAUCCUAUGCAGGCAGCACCACUUUCAAUCCUAUGACCGACAGUCUUAGCACUCCAGAUGGUACAUCUUUCAAAUUCAGCCCUCCUAAGGGCUCGGAUCUCCCCAAGGCUGGUUUUGAAUCCGGAAAUCCUGACUUCCAGCCCUCUGUGGCUGUUCCUGAUCCCUCCUGCGAAGUUGUCAUCUCCCCAACCUCCGACCGCCUUGCAGUUUUGGAACCUUUUGCUCCCUUCCCUAAGAGUGAGCUCAACUCACUACGUGUCCUUUACAAAGUCAAAGGCCAGUGCACCACGGACACAAUCUCUGCGGCCGGUCCCUGGCUCAAGUACAAGGGACAUCUCCCCAACAUCUCCGCCAACACAUUGAUUGGCGCAGUCAACGCCGCCACGGGCGAAACCAACGUAGCCUACGAUAUGGAUGGCAAGACCUACUCCAUUCCAGAUCUUGCAAGCAGAUGGAAAGACCAAGGGAUCGAAUGGCUCGUCAUCGCUGAGGAUAACUACGGUGAAGGUAGUGCUCGAGAGCACGCCGCCUUGCAGCCGCGCUACUUGGGUGGCCGUAUCAUCGUGGCCAAGAGCUUUGCCCGCAUCCACGAAACCAAUCUGAAGAAACAGGGUGUUGUCCCACUAAAUUUCGCGGAUAAGGCUGAUUAUGACAAGAUUGAUGCUUGCGACUCCGUCGACACGGUUGGCUUGUACGAUCUACUGCAAAACGGUGGACAGGGAGAAGUCAAGUUGAGGGUCACCAAGAGGAAUGGAGAGGUCAUGGAUAUCGCCGUGAAGCACACCCUGAGCAAGGAUCAGUGUGGCUUCAUUCUUGCAGGCAGCGCACUGAACCUUUUGGCCGCUCAGGCGAGAUCGUAAAGGUUUUGUUCGGGUGAAGGUAAACUCACUGGUAGACGCCAUUUCUACGUCGCUUGUUCGGAGUUUCGGGUUGGAAUAAAUUGUUUCGGUUAUGGUGUAUAGAUCCUGCUUGUAGUUAUAUAAGGCGGUUAUACCCUUCUAUGUUACUCGAUAAAGGUGUAGAAAAG